AUGUCUGGUUUUGCUAACCUGGUACUGCUUAUUGGACCUUUGACAAAAGAGGAUAAGGUCAUUGGCUUCUGUGUACGGUGUGGUAGUUUGGAUUGGAAUCCAUUAAAGGCAGAAAGGUUGUUUGUUAAGAGAGUGGGAGGAAAGGAGGUAGAUUUUAUAGAGUUUUGGUUAAUGUCAUGGGUAAGAGGGAAGAUGGGACAAUCACAAGAAGAACGAGGGUUGAAGCAUCAGCAGUUCUGGUACAAAUACACCUUAUUGUUCUUUUACUUGUUCAAUUUCUCUUUUGAUGGAUGGAUAGUUCGUUCAAGAACAAAAUUGAUGAAUGUUUUGAUUGGGAGAGGGAAGCCUCGAGAAGCCCAUUCUGUUUUCAACAAUUUAAUAGACGAGGGUCACAGGCCAACUCUUAUAACAUACACAACCCUUGUAGCUUCCUUGACUCGGCAAAAACAUUUUAAGUCCAUACUCCGACUCAUCUCUAAAGUGGAAGAAAAUGGCAUGAAACCUGAUUCUAUACUCUUCAAUUCCUUAAUCAAUGCAUUUUCUGAAUCUGGAAAUAUGAAGGAUGCCAUGAAACUCUUCCAGAAAAUGAAGGAGAGUGGAUGUAAGCCCACAAUGAGCACAUUUAACACCCUUAUCAAAGGAUAUGGGAAUGCUGGCAAGCCGGAAGAAGCUUUGAAAUUACUGGGGUUAAUUUUGCAGGAUGGAAGCGUGAAACCAAGUCAAAGGACAUAUAAUAUUCUUGUUAGAGCCUGGUGUAACAAGGAAAACAUGGAAGAAGCUUGGAACAUGGUGUACAAGAUGGUGGCAUCUGGCAUGCAACCAGAUGUUGUCACAUACAACAUACUAGCAAGGGCUUACGCAGAGAAAGGAGAGACAAGCAGGGCUGAAGAAAUGAUACUGGAAAUGCUGAACAAGAGAGUAUCACCCAAUGUGCGUACUUGCGGCAUCAUUGUCAAUGGCUAUUGCAAAGAAGGUAAUAUGGUUGAAGCUUCAAGGUUUGUGUACAGAAUGAAGGAGCUUGGAGUGCUUCCUAAUCUCUUUGUUUUCAAUUCUCUCAUCAAAGGAUUUCUCGAUACCAUGGAUACCGAAGGAGUUGAUGAGGUACUGACAUUGAUGGAAGAAUAUGGGAUAAGGCCAGAUGUUGUAACAUUUAGCACAAUCAUGAAUGCAUGGAGUUCAGCUGGGCGUAUGGACAAAUGCAAAGAGAUCUUCAAUGAUAUGGCGAAGGCAGAAAUAGAACCGGACAUUCAUGCAUUCAGUAUCCUUGCAAAGGGUUAUGUGCGAGCAGGAGAACCCGAGAAGGCAGAGUCAGUCCUGUCUUCCAUGGGAAAAGCCGGCGUGCUUCCAAAUGUUGUAAUCUGCACCACCAUCAUCAGUGGAUGGUGCAGUGCUGGAAAAAUGGAGCAUGCAAUGAAGGUUUACGAGAAAAUGUGUGAAAUUGGCGUUUCCCCCAAUUUGAAAACCUAUGAGACCUUGAUAUGGGGAUAUGGUGAAGCAAAGCAGCCAUGGAAAGCAGAAGAACUGCUGCAAGUUAUGGAAGAGAAGGGUAUCUCUCCUAAGAAGAGCACCAUGCAGCUAAUAGCAGAUGCAUGGCGUGCCAUUGGUUUGCUGGGUGAAAUGGAGAGAAUUACAAAAAAUGAUGAAGAUCAGGAGCUUAAUGCAGAUAGAAAGAAAAAUGGCAUCCCUUCAGAGAGAUUGGAAGGGAUUUAUAAAGACCAAAACCUUUCUGCGUCUUAUUCUAAGCUGUGGCAGAUACCUGGGGAAGUUACAACCAAUCAAAAUGGAUCAUCUUCUGUUAAAAUGAGAACCCAAAUGAUUCUCAAGGCUUAUAGGUCUUCAUCUGAGUCUCCAUGGACAGAAUCUUGUGCAUAA